UCUGCAAACCCGUAUGGUAACAAGAGCUGCUAUGCAAAUAAAAUGCUACCGGCAUGGCAGUAGUUUGAAGGAAGGGCAAAAUCAAGCCCUAACGUGAGCAGAAUUCAUACAAAGGCAGACGGGGGUAGAAAAUGUUGCCACGAAGAAUAUGGAAUGAGAUGAGAUCACAGCAUCAGUCUGUCCUUUGUGGACCUGGACAAUGAUCACAGAGCCAGAUGGGAUUAGCGAAACCUAUUUACCAGAAGUUCAGAGCAGUUGCAUGAAGCCGAAAGGCAGCCAGGAGAGAGAAGUGAAAAAUGCACCAGAUUUACAGCUGCAGUGAUGAAAAUCUAGAAGUCUUCACUGUGAUUUCUUCCAAAUCAUGUAGCCCAGUUAGAAGAAAAACCAAAAGUGCACAGUGUGUCCUAUCAAAAAAGGUGGUGGCCCUAUCUGACUACCAUCCUCCAAGGGCAGAGGAGCUGUCGCCACAUAAAAGAGAUCUUGUUCAAGUCUUCUGCAAAGAUGAAGGUGGGCAAGAUUUCAGACAGACGCCGAAGAGACAGCAAGCAUCUUUCUCCAGUCCUACAAAGUGCACUACAACACAGACAGGAAUAACUAAACAACGGUCAUUCUGCUGUAGCAAUAGUCAAUCGGAUACAAAAACUUUGCAGCCUCAAGCAUCCCCAAUAUCAAAUCACAUUGCAAAACGCAUCACAGCCACAGAACCAGCAACAAAGAAUUGCAUUUUUGCAGAACAGCAUGGAAAGCCCUCUCGAAAAAACACUGAAGACAACAUCAGCGCAGUUCAAGGCAGCGAGGCUUCCUUACCCUUGACAGGCAGCACUUUGUAUGGCACGCCCAGCCUCCUGCGAAAAAUAUGGAUGAAGCAUAAAAAGAAAUCGGAGUACCUGGGGGCCACCAAUGGUGCCUUUGAAGCCGACUGACAAGCCUCAGCAUUGCUCUUUGACAAAGGACUAAAUGCUAUUAUGUUUAUCUGCUAAAGAAAGCAGUGCCCACCACACUUUUCGAAGGAAAUAAUUGCUGAAUUUACAAGGAAGAUAACAAAAAGGACUGCAAACUAUGCAAACAACUCAGUUCAUGUUUUUCUUUCAUACACAUUUCUGAUUGCUGAUUUGGAUGUGUGAUCAGACAUCAUCCCAAUAUUUUUGCUUCUCUCCCGAUUCACUUGGGUUAAUUAAGAGAAGGCUUAGAUAGUUACCAUAAUACCACCAAAUCUCAAUUCCAGUGUGCAAUUUCAAGUAAUCAAGCAAAUUGAUUGUAUAUGGCUACUCCUGAAAAUGAUAUAACCAAGUUGGCAGUUUCCUAACACUCACUUUCCAGGGAAAUCUUUCAAUUUGAGCUUAUUGGGCUGAGGAACGCUUGAGAAUAACAGGAUUCUUUUACGUGCUCUAAACCUGGUUCUCAAACUUUGAGUCUUUCAUCUUUUAUGGACUUCAGAUCCCAGAAGAUUCAGUCCCAUCUACGAUGCCAUAUAAUGCAGUUUAAACUCAUACAAUGCAGUUCAAUGCAAUUAAAUAAUAAUAACACUUUGUUUAUAUUCCGCCCUAUCACCCCAGGGGACUCAGGGCGGAUCACAGUACACAUACAGGUCAAACAUUCAAUGCCAUUUUAGACAGACAGAACAGAAAAGAGGUAUGUUGUGUCGACAUCCAGCUUUUUAAUUUUUUGUGCCUUGGAGGUUGUGCUCGAAUCCAGCCACAGGGGGUGCUGUCGCUCCAUCUUCUAUGAUGAAGAGCCAUCAGAAUUUCCUCCUUCCUUUUGGUCACCAGGCAUUUUCUGAUCUUUUUCUUUAUGGAGUCAUGAAAUACCUCCCCCACUUCUUUAGUGGCUCCGAAUUUCUCUACUUACAGCUCAAGCUGUUUUCAAACUGCUUAGGUGAACAGUGAGCCAGGCUGAGAGUUGGAAGCUCAUGCCGAUCUGGGGCUUUGAACUGGCAACCUUUUGGUUGUUAGAUCUUUACCAGCUGCAUUAUGAAACUGCAUUAUAUGGCAGUGUAGAUGGGGCUCCUGGUCACCUCCGCUUCUGUUGAGAGAUUCUGGGAGCUGAUGUCCAAAAUACCUCAAAGACCAAAGUUUGAGAGACACUUUUUCAAAGGACAAAAUUUUAGGACAUCUGAGGCAAUAACCAGACCUCAAUUUGUGAUUUGCUACUGUAGUCUAUGUUGGUAGGAAUCAAAGACAUAACCAAGUUGAUCUGAAUCAGUAUGAAAAGGGAUCUUGUAACAUGCAUCUGAUGAAGCUGACUGAGUCUACAAAAGCUUAUCCUACCAACUUCUUUCUUUCAGUUAAGUUUCAAAAGUGUUAUAAGAUUCCUUUGCAUAAUAAUUGCACUGAGACAGGAUCCCACAACCUGGUUCCUUGCAAAUAUGUUGAACUGUGGCUCCCAUACGAUGUGCUGUGGGCGUUCAAAUAUGUUGAACUGUGGCUGAAUACGAUAGUAUUCAGCCAUGCUUCCUGGGGCUGUGGGGAGAUACAUUUCAACACAUUUGAAGAGCACUGAGUGCGGGAAGACUCUGAGUAUGAGGCCACUAUGCAACUGUGAAUGAGAAGCUCAGCCGUGAUAAUGUUGUUCAAAGCCCUUCUUCUUUACCACUCCCAUCUUCCUGUCAAGGAAACUGGAUUAUAUAACACUGUAGACUUGUGUAAUCCAGUGUAAAGCAGAUAAUCAGGAUUCAGAAACUGGAUUAUAUGGCAGUGUAGAUCCAGCUUGUUUGUAAACAAAAACAGUAAAAUCUCAUCAUGGGUGAAUUAAAAUGUACUCACAUCUGCUGAAACUGUCUGCUGCCAGACUUCUUUACUAAUAUUUGUGUUUAAGAACAGUGUGUCAAUGACUACUUAGCAGGCAAGCCUUGUGCAUUCAGACAUUUCUACCUUAGAUUUUGGAUACAGUCAUAUAAUAGCUUUAAGCAGAAUAAAGGAGAGCGAGGAUAUAUGAUUGCAUAUUCUACCUGAUAAUUCUUGUCUUGUAAAAUACUUCUAAUUUAUUUAAUUUAUAUGUCAGCUAUGACAGAAUUACAAAAAAGGUGUUGAUUUAAUUUAUAUCCCUUAACAUUGCUGGAAGUCUUUGUGUGUAGCAAGUACUUGUUGGAUUAUUCCAAAUAAAGUGUGUUCUUUAUAUACA